UUUCAAAUAACGACGUGUGUUAUACUUGCCCUAUAAGGCUAUAUGAUUGUUACAUUCUUCAUACGCAUUCGAUAUACAGAGGAUAGCAGUUCAUUUGUGACAACAAUGAUAUCGACACUUGUUUGGAUAGUUUUAGUUAACCAUGUGUACCCGGUGCAUAGCAACUGUAGUAGUGAGACUGAUCUUGGUUCGCUUGAAUGUAUAACAAUAAGUAGGUAUAGCAAAUAUCAGUAUGGGACCUGUGUCACCGAUACAUACAUGCAGCAGAAGUCAAACCAUAAGCACCAGUGUGAGGUACAGAACUGCGACAUACUGCUACUACCAAUGCAUGCUGGAAGUACACGAUGUCAAUUCCGGUGCUGUAACUGACGAUUGCGCAUGUGAAGUUGACGCCCCAGGAGGCUCAAAUGAAAGUAUGCCGACAACAACUUCUAUUAGGCUGGACCCAACAUGUUAUAGUCCAGAUGGAACCCAGUGUUCUUGGUACCGGAAUUGUUUAGAAAAACGCUUUCCAUGCAAAGAACUUGAACAAUCUUAUGCGCUUGACUACGGUGAAAAGUUCUGUAAUCUCUACACGGACCACUAUGCAGAGUUUGAUGACGUUGGUCAAAAAUGGGUAAACGCAGUUAGAAAGUGCUUACAGGUAGCGUUAGUCCCGCUCAUGCGAUCAUUCAAUACAGUCCCUUGCGAGCAGAUAAAAGACGUAGCGUUUGAAAGCCAUACUGGUUGUUAUGUAACACCCCCGGACGGUGCCAAAUCAUUUUGUGACAUUGGCGGAAGAAACCUGUUCAGUGUCCUUGCAACGAUCAAGUCGGCGUUUUGGCAGCUUGGAACCAUUUGGCGCACAAUAUCGCAAGGCUAUAGUACCGUUUGGGCCUGCAUGUCAAGAGACGACAAAGAUUCCCUCGCGGAUAAAAGGAACAUGAUGCAAUUCAAAGCGCAGAUUGAAGAUGAACAAACUGUUUCCAACACCGUCAAGAUGCGGUUUGAUCUGGAAAGUGCAGUAUCGGCACACAUGGACCAAGGAGUGUUCGUCUACGCUUUCCCAGAGCGACCUGAUUCUAGCAUACGUCCAAGUCCUGAAAACAUGACGGUUAUAAUAACAAACGUCCUUGUUCUCCCAAGAGCUGAGUAUGACUUAGAUUAUCAUAGCAACGAAACAGUAAACGUAACAGACGUCGUCGACGGCUUCCUAGACGGUCUUGCUGACGGAUCAGUACAACUGUCCUUGCCCUGGCCGAUACAGGAUAUCCGACAGUGUAAUGGAAUUGAGUGUGAUAACUCAACCAGAACAGUUGUACCCAAAACAACUGCGCCGACUAAUGGAAUUGAGUGUGAUAACUCAACCAGAACAGUUGUACCAAAAACAACUGCGUCGACUAAUGAUAACAACAAAGCGGAUAGAUAUACAUGCAGCUUUGUCAUUGUUGGUGCGCUUGUCAUGUUUGCGCAUUGGUUAUUAACAGUGGCGGGUUAAGCACUAGGCUAACAAGGCUGCAGCCUUGGGCCCCCGAUUUAAAAACAAAUGUAUGUGUUGUUUACCAGUUUCCCGAUGUUUAUCCAAUUGUAACCGUUUAGUUCGCUUUGAUUGACUAUGCUAUCAAUUUUCUUUCUGUUUUGUAUAUCCAUUUAAAACCAUUAA